AUGACUUCUAGUUUUCCAACUAUGGGAAACCGCCAAUCCGGCGUUUCGCCUACGGUCGUCCCGAGGUCGAGAUGUGGAUUCUUUCAUAAACUGUUCGCGAAGACACGACUUGACGCUACAGCUUUAGCUCAAACCUGUCCUCCACCGGUGGGUGGCGAAAUGCCGAUCGGUGAAUGUGCGGUGCUGCAAGAUCGGCCAGCGUUGCGAUUGGAUUCUCGACUUGUAUGUAAAUACGAAAUUCUAUCUGUCAUAGGAAAGGGGAGUUUCUCACAGGUUAUGCGGGUGCAACAUCGAAUAUCUCGGAAGUACUUUGCAGUGAAGUUGGUCUCAUCCGAUUGCGGUUCUGUGAACAAUGAGUUGAAUAUUCUCAGCCGAGUCUCACAUCCAUUCGUGAUACGAUUGGAAGAGGUGUUUAAAUCAUCGUCAAGGUUAUUCAUUGUGAUGGAAAUGGCGAGUGGUGGAGAAAUGUAUGAAAGGGUAGUAUCUAAAGGAAGAUACUCGGAAUCAGAAGCACGUCAAGCGCUUAAGAUGCUCCUCAGUGGUCUUGCAUAUCUUCACUCCCUUCGAAUUACGCAUCGUGAUCUGAAACCAGAGAAUUUGUUGUACAGUGAUGUGAGGCCGGAUGCAAGAUUAUUAAUCACAGAUUUUGGCCUGGCUCAUCAGGCAACUCGUCCAAACGAAACAAUGACGGAGACAUGUGGUACUCCUGAGUACAUCGCUCCUGAAUUGUUAUUACGAGUACCGUACACCGACAAGGUGGAUAUGUGGGCAGUUGGAGUGAUCACGUACAUCCUCAUGUCAGGGAUAAUGCCGUUCGAUGACGAUUGCAGAUCGAGGCUCUAUACGCAUAUCAUCACUGCAAACUACGUUUACUAUCCUCAGUUCUGGUCCGGUUCGGAAUUGGCGAAGCAGUUUGUCGAUUGUUUGUUAGAAACGAACGCAGUGGAGCGAAUGAGUGCUGUGGAUGCAGCCAGACACGAAUGGAUGACAGGGGAGCGAUCAGUGCCGAUAGUGACAACUAGGACAUCACGACCUGCUUCAGAAUAUAACAACAUACAACGGACGAAAUCGACACGAUCAAUUCGCUCCGUUACUCGAUCUGAUCACGGGCACCGGGUUGACCCACGCGAAGUUGACCAGCUAGCCAACGACUUGAAACGGGCCGCGCAGAGCACAAAGAACUACGGCGUCUUUUAG